UUUCUGUCAAGACAAAGAAUGAUUUGCUGCAAAUUAAGCGCCGAGAUAGAAGUCGGCGUUUUCCCCAUGUUGCGUGUAGCCAGUCAACGCAAGUCGCCAGCACGAAAGGCUGCCGGUAUGGUAUCUUAGUUCAUGAUCUUGCUGCACGACAGGCAUGAUCCGUCACACUAGUCCCUUUUGCACUCACACGGUCACACCUCACAUUGUUUUCACUGCGGGCCGAUGAUGGGCCGUGGGCAUUGGAGGAAGAAAUGUACGCACCCGCCUGCAAAAUGCCAUCUCCUCUGGGGCAUGGAGAGGCGAUCGGGGUUGGCCUGAUUUAGGCUGAGGUGUGGAAUGUUUGUGAUAGACCAACUAAAUACAUCUUUUUGGCUGCUAGCAUCUUGUUGAAUUCCACAUAGCCCUCUUCCGGCGCGCGAGACGUCUUGUAAAACAAAUGAACAGGGAGGUUCAGUAUCCAAGACGAUGAAAUACCGCGCGGCAAAAACCCUAUCAUCUCACCAGGCCCAACUAAUGCAGAGUUGUUGCUCUUGGACUAAUUUGCCUUGCUACUUGAUUUUCAUGAAGAGAUGAGGAGAUACCCCAGCUGCAGCCUCGCCUGAGGGUGUGCGAGUCUUCCACAGCUGAUUUACUGUAUUGCCAGUUGUAGAACAAGGCGGCGGAUCUGGUGAUGCGUGUGUUCCCUCGACUCCUAGUCCACUACUACCAUUUCUUCUACCUAUGCAACAUCAAGCGACGGAGGUAUAGCGUAUGUGUUUGGAUCUCUGCUGCCAGGAUGUGAGUGGAUCCAAACAAUGAACUCUCGAUCCAAAUUGCUCUGUUGGGUCGAGGGCAGGGGCUAUAUAUGGAUAGAUUGAGAGUUAACUACAGCUUCAGCGCAGCCUGAGCCGGUUGGGACUGCGGAGCCGCAUGGCAUGGCAAGACAUGAUUUUUACAGUGUAACUUUUUAUAUAUUUCUACGCAGGUACAGGUACAGACUGUACAUGUACAUGUACAGUACAUACAUUCUCUGAGGGAAUGUCUAAACUACCUAGGUACUGUACAUUACAUACAUACAUGGCCGUGCUUGCCUGGCGCUGUUGCGUGGACAAGAAACAUGGAUGAUGCCUGCCGCAAGAGUUUUCGAGAUGUAUUGAACAGCAGAAAAACUUCUGCUUGUUGAUUUCUUUGCCCACGCCCGAUCCAUCCAUGGAUGCUGCAUCCCAAGUGUGAUGAAGCAAUUCCCCCUAGUCUGCUACCCAAGCAGAGGAGGAGAGCAAGAUACGUUCGCUAUUUGAUAAUCCGUAUACUCCUUAUUUACCCAUCAACACUCUUUUGAUUGAUAUAUUUUUUCUUUUGCAAGUGCCCCAUUGACCUCCUUCGCAUCAUGGGGAAUAAAGUCUCAGCAGUCACUGGUGUCCGCUCCCCCAAUUUCUUCGAACCAGGGAACGCGGUAAACGAGGUCUGGGUUGGGGAUUUGGAGGUGGUAUCGCGGCUCCCUUUUGGCGAUUCAGAUAUGGCACAAGCUGGUUGGCCCAAAAACGACUACCCAAAAAUUCCAUGGCGUCCUUUUAUUAUCCCCCUCCGUGCUACAGUCUCUGCCGCGGUGAAAUCGAGAUCGUUAUUCUCGAUUGCCGAUCCCGCCUCGGACUGGAGUGCGUCCUUGCGCGACUCUGCGGCCACCAAACUGGUCCUGAUAUGUUGGGUUACGAUGCAAAUUCUUGCCAUUCCUGUCCUUAUGGUACCGAUUGCUCUCCAUCUUGUGCCGCGGAAUCACUUCACAGCCUAUGGUGACGAUGAAAAUGAAGUGCAAGAUCCGUCUAUUCCGUCCAAUGAUGACGCCGGAUCGCCAGACAACUCUCCACGAAGAAAGCAAGAUGCAGCAUUUGCCCGUGCUUUAUUGGGUUCUGUAUUCCAUGUAACAGGCGUACUUCUGGUUUACGGAGUUCACGAUGGCCCUGUUUUGAGUUCUAUAUUGCCCCCGAAACCCUCGCUUGAAAGCACGGAUUCUGGUAUUUCUAGUCCCCAAGAUUUUGCCAGACUAGACGCGGCCACCGUAUAUGCAGCAAUGUCAAUGGCUUUGUGUUUAAAUUCCGCUUACUCUGUCAUACGCCUAUGGUGGGGUUGUUAUAAGUUCCGACGGGAUCAUGAGAACGAAGUGAGAGAGCAUAAUGAGAAGGACGCUGCAAUGAUUUCCGCACCGCCGCCAUAUGCUGAUGGGGAUGACGAUGAUGAGGAUGUGGUAAUCGUGCUCGUGUAAAGCAUGUUCAAGAUAUCAAUUAUCAAUUAUCCCCCACCCUAAGUCCACUCGCUCGGCUCUGUCGUUUCUUACGUGCUUGACAUCUGUUUCUCCUUUUCGUACGUUUGGCGUGUGCCUAGCAGAGCAUAAGGCUAUGAUUUUGACGCCUGCUUAUUCCUUAGGCUUGACACCCAUUGGCAGUUCGGAGCAGCAGACUAGAUCCCAUAUUCUCUCACCUACGCGCUAGGGUAUCCCAACCUGCGGUUUUUUGGGACCGAUAAAUAUCGCGGAAUUUGCGUUGCCUUUGCAAUACUCUGUCUUGAAAGGAGUGCCGGGCACAACAGAAAUGAUCAUUAUGACUUUUGCCGCCUUUCCCUGCCUUCUUCGAUCAAAGCACACAGUUCCUUUACCCUUAACCUCCCAACACACCUUUUGCCAACAUCAAAUGGUCAUCGAAUGGUCAAAUUCAUACAAACACGACCAUCGCUCAUGAGAUUCAUUUCAAAGACACCCUGGAACGCACAUACCACCCCCUGUAAGGCACAGUGUCCUAAAUCAAAUGUACAAUGACCUAAGAAAUUGCUGCUCCAAUUACCUGUUCUAGAGUGCAUAGAAUCCAUGUGAGUUUAGCCGGUCGCAGUAUCAUUCCGGUUCCAUAGAUCUCGCCAGAAUUGUUUAAAUCCAUACCGCUUGGACGGAUUCUCCUCAUGAAGCCGCACGUUUUGCGUCAGAGAUAGACUUUUAAGUAAACCGGACUCAUGGAGCCCUGGUGGAAUACUACGAGUCGAAUUGCGUAACUUCUCUGUUGCUCUCCGUUGCAGUUCGCCUGGUAGAGACGGCGCCACGUCCGCGUAGCAGGAGAGCAAUUCACGCUCGAGUUUCAGGUAGGGUUUCUGAGCAACGGGGGGAGCCAUAAGGUUGUAGGACCUUAUUAGUGCAUUGAGGUUUUUAACUGUCAGGGUUAUGGUAUGCCUGUUCGAUUUUUAGGUAGUCGGCAUCUCGCAGUGGUGGGACAGAUGGGAGAUGUUGAGAUGCGGAGGAGUUGUUAUGGGAUUCGGGUGCUUUUGCAUUGGUUUCUGCCGUAUGCGACGUAUUCUGUCCGUUAUUGCCCAACCGUACUUCCGCAGCGGCAUAACCCCGCGCUCGCUGAAUCUGACUUUCCAGUGAUCCACCCUGGCUUGCAAUGAGCCGCACAGCGUGUCUCUUCCAAUCACUACGCAACCGCCUCCGAAACCGAUCAACCUCUUUCGCUACCUCCUGUUGCUUCUCAAUCCAUGGUGGGGUAACUUCCUGUUUCUGAAUAAUCUUAUUCAGCAGGUAUUCUGUCGUGUCGAUAUAGGGGCUGCUUGCGUUGUGAUCACGUUCAGUGUUGAUUCCCUUGCCGCGUUGGAUAUUCCGGAACUGGCCACGGGCGAUUGCAUCUUCGAUGCGCUCGUUUGCCAGCGAGCUAAGUCCAUGAGGUGUGAUCGCGCGCGCGCCAGGCGUGAAUCGCUCUUGUAGUUCUCUACGGAUCGCUUCGCGCUCCCGUUCGGACAUGUUGGGGUCCCGACUUAGGGCGUAGGUGGAUGUGCGAUCGCGAGCGGCGGCGAGGCGCUCGCUCGAUGAUAUGGACUUUUUCACCGUUGGGAGCAGGUUCUUCGGACCGGGCUGCGGGGGCUUAAAUGGGACUCGUAUUGGCUUGCUUGCAUCGUGUAGCAUCCGGAGUGAGGCGUCGUGGAUGGAUUCGGUCCCUGUCCACGGAGCCGCUGCAGCGAUAUCUUGGGUUCCUCUGCCGGCACUGGCCUGUGACGGUUAUUCUAUUGUUACAAUAUAAUAUGAGCGGCAAAAAUUGUACGGCGGUAAAAGUUCCAAACAGGCUUGAACCUGUAGUA